CGCAUUGUCGCAAAUGCCGUUUGGCGUUGUGACUCCAUUUAUGCGGUAUUUCGUGUUGUUUCCAAGCGGGAAGCAGCAGGCAGGUCAGAAAGAUCAAUAGAGUGGUCGGCUAGACAGCAGUCUCUCCGAUUAUAGACUUCGCUGAUAGGGCAUCUACUAAAAGAGGAAUAUGCCCCGAGAAAUCAUAACACUUCAACUUGGCCAAUGUGGAAACCAAAUUGGUUUUGAGUUUUGGAAACAACUCUGUGCAGAGCAUGGCAUCAGUCCGGAGGGGAUUGUGGAGGAGUUCGCCACAGAGGGCACUGACAGGAAGGAUGUCUUCUUCUAUCAGGCAGACGAUGAACACUACAUCCCCCGUGCUGUUUUGUUGGAUCUGGAGCCCAGGGUGAUCCACUCUAUCCUCAACUCCCCCUACGCCAACCUGUACAACCCAGAGAACAUCUACCUGUCAGAGCACGGAGGAGGUGCAGGGAACAACUGGGCCAGCGGCUUCUCACAGGGUGAGAAAAUCCAUGAGGAGAUCUUCGAUAUCAUCGACAGAGAGGCGGACGGCAGCGACAGUUUCCACCAUUAUGUCAGCCAGCACAACCACCCUGCGUUACCCUGGAUACAUGAACAACGACCUGAUUGGUCUGAUCGCCUCUCUCAUCCCCACGCCCCGCCUUCACUUCCUGAUGACUGGCUACACACCGCUCACCACUGACCAAUCGGUGGCCAGUGUGAGGAAGACCACAGUGCUGGAUGUGAUGCGGAGGCUGCUGCAGCCGAAGAAUGUCAUGGUGUCCACYGGCAGGGACAGACAGACCAACCACUGCUACAUUGCCAUCCUCAACAUCAUCCAGGGAGAGGUGGACCCCACCCAGGUCCACAAGAGCCUGCAGAGGAUCCGGGAGCGUAAGCUGGCCAGUUUCAUCCCCUGGGGCCCAGCCAGCAUCCAGGUGGCUUUGUCCAGGAAGUCCCCGUACCUACCUUCUGCCCACCGCGUCAGCGGCCUGAUGAUGGCCAAUCACACCAGCAUCUCCUGUCUGUUCGAGCGGACUUGCAAGCAGUACGACAAACUGCGAAAGCGCGAGGCCUUCCUGGAGCAGUUCCGCAAGGAGGACAUCUUCAAGGAAAACUUUGACGAGRUGGACAACUCCCGCGAGGUGGUGCAGCAGCUCAUCGACGAGUACAGUGCUGCCACGCGGCCCGACUACAUCUCCUGGGGAACUCAGGAGCAGUGAGGACAGAUGGGAUAUACACCCCUGUCACAUGACAUGGGUCUGGUCCCCCUCUACAGCCCAACCAGGGAAAGAUAGGGCUGAGCUAGUUGCCUCCUGUGCCAUCCCUAUGGAGAAAAGUGUUAAAGUUCAUCCCUGCUGCUUUUCUUCCCUCUUCUGUCCUUAAGCUCUGUUUGGUAGUUAAACCAACGCUUCAAUCUGUGUGCCUGUAUCCAAUCCCCACCGAUGGUUAUGAAUAGUAGUGAAUGACUAGUCUUCUCCGUCUCAUGCAGGAUUCCAAAARGACCCCUACCACUAGACACUUCAUAGAUAGUAGAUCUGAAAGGAUCAAAUGGGUAUCAGCUCCAUCUUGUUCUCUGACAGGUGGAAUGUAUGAUAUUGUGCCCGGUGGGMAUGGGUUAGGGGUUGAUUUGGAGUUCUACAUCACUCUCUAUCCUCUCUUCCGGUUCUUGUGUUGCUGUCAGCAGAACUCAUAGCCUUGUUUGGCACUAUUUUUAUACUGUAUAGUAGUACUCUGCUUUUGUGCUGUUCCUUUUGCAGUCACACAGACUAACAUACCAGCCGGAGAAACACUUGAGCGUCCUUGAAUGGGGACAGAAUAAAAUGCCUGGUGUGACUUUGUCUUCGUACAUUUCUGAAAAGUUUGUGUUAUGACACCAGAGCCCAUGAUAAUCAAGCUCUGACAGGAUAGUCAAGUAAGUCAAUAGGCCUCAGAUCAGUUGCUGCUGUCCAGUAUGUACUUAACCAAAAUGUCUGUUUCAUAAGUAUGGCAAUGGUCAUUGUUAUAAAAUCUAUUACAUUGUUAUUGCAGAGGACAGCCUACUUCUCUACUCUGGUGCCUGAGUGUAAAUCCAUACUUUCUCUGACUCUACGUACAUCAAGAAGCUUGUUAAAUUGCAUAGCAUCUACAGUUUUCCUUUUUUUGUAGCCAUCCAAAUGUAUAUACUUUUCAUGUUGAACUUUGUUGUGAAAUUAUAAAAAAUAAUAAUAAUUCUGAGAAUAUUCUUCAUUGCCAUUGGUGGACUUAAGUGUGAGRUGUAUGCUGCUGUUCAUAUAAAUAAUUGUAAUACU